UUGGAUUACCUCCCGAGUAGCGAACCACGUGAUGUCAGCAGUAGAGAGACCCUGCAUCGCAUCACUUGUCUUACCCUCUGGAGACAGCAUCUUUCUUUCUCAAUUGUUCAUCAUCACUCCGUCUCCACGUUCAUCACCUAGAUAUCAAACAUUAAUUGGAGUAAAAACAAGACCAUGGCUUUGCUUCCCAAAGACAAAGGCUUGUUGCCUUAUUUCCUCCUCCUCGACGGUGCCCUUUCCUGGGGCUCAACAAUAGGAUCGUACAUUGCACCUCUAUCACCAGCUGGGAUGAAAGGAAUGUACAACGGACCCAACGAGUCACAAGUCACCCCUCUCUCGAUCCAUACAUUCGGAUCCUGGUUGAUACUGAGCGGCUUCAUCCGAUUCUAUGCUGCGUACAACUUAUCGAAUCCUGGUGUCUACGCAUGUGCCUUCUGCACGUUUGUUGCGAUCUCAUGGCAUUAUUUGACAGAAUGGUUGGUAUUUGAGACGAUGGGUAUGAGUGCAGGGUUGGUUAUUAGUAUUAUCAUGGAUUGUGGGGCUGUGGUGUGGAUGUAUUGGCAGUGGAAUGCGUAUGUCAAACAUGAACGGACGGAGUUGUCCGGAAGGAAAGACAAGAUGUAGAGCUGCUGCGCUUUCUGUAUUGUUUCGUCACUUGGUCUGUUCCACGUUCAGAGAGCGACAUUCUGACACAACAACGAAUCUAUUUGCUGUUCUAUAUAGUCGCAAUUGUGAAGUUGAUUAGCUUCGUGCUUAGAUAUACAGUCU